UCCCCCGUGACGUUGUUUAAAAUGGGAGGCUCUGGCUCUUUCUAUUUCCUUCGUCCCUACUAACCAAGCUAGCUGCAGCCAUGAGGCUCCAGAAACGCUUGGCGUCCAGCGUCUUACGCUGUGGCAAGAAGAAGGUGUGGCUGGACCCAAAUGAGACCAACGAGAUUGCCAACGCAAACUCUCGCCAGCAGAUCCGAAAACUGGUGAAGGAUGGUCUGAUCAUCAGAAAACCUGUGACGGUUCAUUCCCGUGCUCGCUGCCGCAAGAACACGUUGGCACGCCGCAAGGGACGUCACAUGGGUUAUGGUAAGAGAAAGGGAACAGCCAAUGCUCGUAUGCCAGAGAAGUUGUGCUGGAUGCGCCGCAUGAGAAUCCUGCGCCGUCUUCUCCGUCGCUACAGGGAGGCCAAGAAAAUUGACAGGCACAUGUACCACAGUCUCUAUCUGAGAGCCAAGGGUAAUGUCUUCAAAAACAAGCGCAUCCUGAUGGAGCACAUCCACAAGCUGAAGGCAGACAAGGCUCGCAGAAAGCUUCUCUCUGACCAGGCUGAGGCUCGCCGCUCCAAGACAAAGGAGGCCCGCAAGCGCAGAGAAGAACGUCUCCUGGCCAAGAAGGAAGAGAUGAUCAAGAGCUUCGCAGAGGAAGAAGCUACAAAGAAAUGAAUCUAAACUGGAAGAUUUUCAUGUCGGAUUCCCAUUUUUCUUGCUAAUAAAUUUGGACAAAAACAGUCA